UUACAAGAAUUGAGAGGAGUCUAAACACUCUUAUCUUAGCUUUCUGGUUGUUGGGUCUCUCUCAAUUCUCCAUUUCCAAGCUCGUAUAUUUUGAUUGUUUCUCUAUCUGGGUUUGGUCAAAAGUUGGUUUUUCUUUCUCUGGGUUCGGCAUCAAUUAUUGCUUUGGUGCCUAUAUUAGAUUUAAUUCAAGAAAAUAUAAAUUGGGUUUUUCAAGUUUUGUUGAUUGGAAAUUCGGAUUUUCUUGGAGUGUGCUCAAGGCGGGUUUUGGCCUGUGAGGUGGAUUAGAUUUUCUGUAUAAAGUUGAUUCUUUGAGAAUAUUUGGUGAUUUAGGAGAUGACAAUUGGGGAUAUAACAACAAAGAAGGAGAGGAAGUCAAGGAGGAGCAAACAUGUUGUUGAUGAGAAGGCUCCAUUGUUACCUAAAAGGCAAGAUGAAGAUGUUGGUUAUGAUGAAUUUAAUGGAGCUUCUUUUACUGGGGCAGUGUUUAACUUGUCAACAACAAUUGUUGGUGCUGGGAUCAUGGCCUUGCCUGCAACCAUGAAAGUUCUGGGACUAAUUCUCGGGAUUGCUAUGAUCGUCUUUAUGGCAUUCUUAACUAAUGCGUCAAUUGAGUUCUUGCUUAGGUUUAGCAGAGCUGGCAAAACAACUUCUUACGGAGGUCUUAUGGGAGAUGCAUUUGGGAAAUAUGGGAGAAUCUUUUUGCAAAUCUGUGUUUUGGUCAACAACAUCGGUGUACUUAUUGUAUACAUGAUUAUUAUUGGUGAUGUGCUUUCUGGAACAUCGUCAAGUGGAGUUCACCAUGCUGGUGUCCUUGAAGGGUGGUUUGGAGAACACUGGUGGAAUGGGCGUACCUUUGUUCUUGUUGUCACAACACUGGGUAUCUUCGCUCCAUUGGCAUGCUUUAAGCGGAUUGAUUCAUUAAGAUUUACAUCCGCCUUAUCAGUUGCUCUGGCAGUUGUGUUUCUUGUCAUUACUGUGGGUAUAGCAAUUGUCAAGUUGAUUAGUGGAACCAUACUGAUGCCUAGGUUGCUACCUGAUGUCACUGAUUUGACCUCAUUUUGGAAACUCUUCACUGUAGUCCCUGUUUUAGUCACUGCAUAUAUCUGCCAUUACAACGUUCACAGCAUAGAUAAUGAACUGGAAGACUCUUCCCAGAUAAGACCUGUUGUGCGAACAGCACUUGCUUUAUGCUCAACUGUUUACAUAAUUACAAGCUUUUUUGGUUUCCUUCUAUUUGGUGAUGCAACAUUGGAUGAUGUGCUUGCCAACUUUGAUACUGACCUUGGCAUUCCCUAUAGCUCCUUGCUUAAUGAUGCUGUCCGUGUUAGCUAUGCUGCUCACCUCAUGCUUGUGUUUCCCAUUGUCUUCUUUCCACUGCGACUCAACAUGGAUGGCCUCCUCUUCCCUUCUGCAAGGCCUUUAAGUCUGUCCAAUACAAGGUUUGCUUUUAUUACUGCUGGGCUCAUCACGGUUAUCUUCUUGGGUGCAAAUUACAUACCUAGCAUCUGGGAUGCUUUCCAAUUCACUGGAGCAACUGCUGCAGUUUGCCUUGGGUUCAUUUUUCCUGCUGCUAUUACUCUUAGGGAUUGCCACUUUAUAGCAACAAAGAAAGACAAGAUCUUAGCUAUUUUCAUGAUUGUGCUUGCUGUAUUCUCAAACCUGGUGGCCAUAUAUAGUGAUGCCUAUGCUCUGUUUAAAAAGAAUUCAGGAGCAGGACCCAGGGCAUGAUCUAUCUGGCUGUUCCUUGAUUGCAGAAAGGAGAUAAGGUCAAGUUUCCUUGACAAGACCUUGAUUUAUGGAGUCAUUUGUGGUCUAAUUCAAAAAUCUGGGUUUCGAAGGAGGUUUGAUAAGCUACUUAAUAAGAUGAACCUUCUUCCAAUGUAUAAAGUUAGAUUGUUAGGGAAGUGUAUGGAGUUUCAUACAUCAUAGCUCCCCCUCUCCCCGAUAUGCAAUAUUGUACUGCUUCAUGCUUGAUUUGAAUCAUGUUGUGUAGACUUAAAAUCAAGUUGUAAAAAAUUGCAAUAUAGUAUAUUCAGAUUUGUGACAGACUAA